AAUGGACAUCCUGCUCCGGGACAUGAACGCGCCGUGGCGAUGACAAGCCUGAUCUUGGAGAACGCCGACUUGAAUCGACUCUUUCCGAAAUGCCGGCCUAGGGGCGGCCCACCCCCGGCCCCGGGGGCCUCCACGCAGAGCAGCCAGCAGCAGCCGCAUGACAGCCCCUGCCAGACGGAGGCCACCGCUAUCACCACCACCGCCACCGCCGCAACAGCCGCUGUUGUCACUAUCGCCUCUACAAACACGUCGACAAGCGUCUCCGCGAUAUCGGACGACAUGAUCGACCUCGAGCGCGACACCCCCGACAGGUAUAGAAAACGAGCGAAUGGCAGAAAAAAAUCAGGUUCGCUGUCCCGUAGGACGGCGAGCGUGGUGUCCGGUUUUACGGUCGAGGGCCAACUGCCGGCGCACACCGCGAAGCCGCUUUCGUCAAGCUCGUCCUCGGCGUCGGGACGUAGCGAGGACGCGCCGCAAUAUGGCAGCUUGCCGGGAAGCGAUCAUCAGGGACAAUCGCAGCAGGACGACAGCGGACCCGAGGAGAGCCCCGUGUACAUUCUCACCUCGGCCAAGGGAGGUCCCAGCUACAAACUUCGGGAUUCGAGAAUUAUAGAAAUUGCUGGUGGUCGAGAAGUAUUCUCACAAAGUCGAGUAAAGGUGUCAGCUAGGAAAUCACGAUUUCUGGCUGCGUCAAAUUCAAUAAAUAACGAGGAUAUUCAAACUGACAAUAAAUUGUCAGUUAAGAAGAAUAACAAAUCUCCUGGUACGCAGACCAUAUGGGAAUUGAGAAGCCGAUGCGGCGAGACUAGAAAGCAACGCGCAAACCGGGAAGUAACAGAGACUGUGUUCGCCUCGGAGGUGCACUCGGUUCGUCGCAACCCGACGAAAUCCAUACUCGACUACGAUUCUCCCAAGAGCAAUCGUAGCAAUCGUAUAAUUAAUUACGAUUCGAUUUUAAAUAGCAAUAAUGUAGAAUACGCAGUACCGAAAAGUAUUACCGAUCUGGAUUAUGGAUUACCAAAGAGUUGCAUAGAUUAUCAGUCGAAUCACAACACACCGGCGAGAAGUAUGGCCAUCGUUAGUGACGGUGAAGUUGUUGUUUUCGACGAUAUCGAUGACAAUUGGCAGGGUCUGCGAUUGGAUCUGGCGUCGAACAACACGAACCAAGUUACGACCAAUCUGGAUCUUGAGACGGACGAUUCUCAGAGAGGUCGUAUCGCGCCGGAACCACCGAGCUCCAGCGUCGGGAGCACACCUAGUCCAACAACGGCAUAUCACCGCAACACUUCGGAAUUUUUCAAAGUUGUUACACCGGCGAGUGAUUGCGAGGUGGAUUCUCUUUCCCCGGAACGUAAUCAUAAAGUUGCGAGAGUCAUCGGUGAAUUGCCGAUCGCUCAGUAUUCCGGCAGCCCGAGACGUUAUGGGGUGCGCGAAAAUACCCAGCUUCCUAGCUUAUUAUCGUCGCCUUCGAUGUACAUGACACCAAGACCUGGUUUUCCUCAAAGAGUAUUACCAACAACACCAAAUCACAAUGAGAAGGAAGAGACUUCUGCAGAAAUCGUUGUAGACAAGACUGUGAUAGAAAACACUAGCACCGAAGAUCAGCCUGUAAAUGCUUCAACUCCGUCACCAAAGGUCGAAGAUGAGGAGGAAGACUCUUUGAAACCUACAACCUUACCUGCUGAUAAUAUAAGCAGUCUUGUAUCGCCAGGAGGUAGCACCUUCGACUAUCUGUACGAAUUUUCAGAGACGCGAAAAGUAUUAGAAGAAUUUUUCAAAUGUCCGGCGCCGACGAAAGAAAAGGAGAACAGCAUAGAAACUUUUCCUUUUCAAGAUCUCGAUUAUGAAUUACGAAGACAAGGAGGUAGCGCAUAUGUUGGCCAACGGUUAGCCAGCGGUCCGCCGGCAACGGAAGAGGUUAUGGUACAUGAAUCUCCUAAAAAGCAACGAGUAGAAUUUCCACAAAAUACAGGUGAACACGAAAACAACUUUUUAGACCUCUCUGUAGGUACUGGCAGCAGUGAGGAUCUGGGAGAGACUGAGGUCGGUUUGCAAGUUGGACAUUCGCGUAAUUUUACGCUCAGUCCGGAGACGACCGAUUGCGAUAGCAAUUGCGGCGACUUGGACAGUGAGGUGUCCCUCAUGAUGAUGGAUAAUGAAUUGAUGCCCGCAAGCGGUCUUCUCGGAUCGGUCGGCGAUCUGGGAAACAAUUCCGACUCGCUUAGAAUAUACACGAGCAUGCCGGUGCUGGAGGACGGUCUGUCUAGCGGACACGCGAGCGACACCGACAACAACAAUCCUACUGUGAUGCUAAUGAAGCGGCAAAUAAACGAGAUAGAAAAGGAACUUAUACAGAGAACUCGUAACGAUAUGUUGGGCACCAAUGAGAACGAUUCCGGAAAGGACGUCAGUCUAAAUGUAACAAAGGAUAUUUUACAUACGCUGAAGACUACGUCUCCCGAUCUGUUUAUCGCGAAGAAGGAGAAUUCGUACGACGCGAACGAGCUUCAACUCGACGGACUGGAUCCACUGGGUACGCCGCCGCCACCGGCGCCUCAAGGAAGACAAAGUGUUACAUUAGACGUAAACUGCGGAGAGGUGGAAGCGGCUAUCAAAGACAUCAGAAUGGCGUUGCAAAGAACUAAAACUCUGCCUGUGAAGUCGCCGUCUGAAGAACCACCGGAGCCGAGCGUCAGUCCGAUAUGGAUACCAAGGCGGAGAGUUUGUAUGGAAAGCAAUAGUGAGGAAUCGGAAGCACGUCGCGUAGGUGACGAGGCUGACGUGGAGAUCGAGGAAUGCCCGGACGAAGAAGAGGCUGAUACCGAUCUAGAAACGGAUCGGUUACUCGGACAGCAGAGAACGGACGAUCAGGGAUUUUACGACGACAAGGGGUGGAGGAAGCCUAAGUCUAGGACAAUGUUACCAUCAAUGAAUGCAAAAGUCGCUACUCCAAAGCAAACCCCUCCCAAAACCCUGAGUGUUGCCCCGAUAGAAACGCUAGCGCCUUCCGAGCCCAUACCCUCUACGUCUACCUCGAUCUCUCCACCGCCCGUAGUAUCUGUUAUACAAUCGCCGUCUUCUAACGAGUGCGAAGUAACCACUCCCGCGCAACCCACAUCGAGUCCGCAGAAGACCCCAGUCAAAAACUCUCCUUCAUCCCCACAGAGCCUCAAGGAAUCUAACAACAAGGAUAAGGAAGGAAAGAAAAAGAGUAGGAACAAAGAAGAUUUAUUGGACGAUCCUUCAGUGUUAAUCGAGGGUGUCUUGUUCCGAGCGAGGUAUUUAGGAUCCACGCAAUUAGUAUGCGAGGGUCAGCCUACGAAGUCGACCCGAAUGUGUCAAGCGGAGGAAGCCGUUUCCAGAAUAAAGGAUGAUGGGCCAGUGCCGAUGCAGGCAACACUCUUAAACUAUAGGGGGCAGCAUGGGUAUGGUCGCUGCAGCAUUGCCUCGCAAGGAAGCCUAGAGGAAGACGAAUGCGACUCGAGCGAAGAACUUAUAGGAAGCGCUUCUGGUGGGGGCCAGUCCGCCGAGUCGCACGCGCUUGGGGCCCAGCCGAAACUGGCCCCGAUCAGUGGCUGCUUGGGGUCCACAACCGUUUUCAGACUACAAUUUCUUGGGUCGGUGGAGGUGGAAGAGGAAGGGGGACGUAAACGGCGUAAGCGCCUUAAGAACCACAUGGUGGAAGAGGCCGUGACAAAAAUCAAGGCGUUGGCACCAGACGGUGACACUCAGCCGAGCACGGAGGUAGAUCUCUUUAUCUCCACGGAAAAGAUCAUGGUUCUCAACACCGAUCUCAAAGAGAUCAUGAUGGAUCACGCGUUGCGCACGAUCUCGUACAUAGCGGAUAUCGGUGAUCUCGUGGUGUUGAUGGCGCGGCGACGUUUCGUACCUCACGAAAUGGAAGAGGUGCCGAAAAUAAAUCGAACUCCGAAGAUGAUUUGCCACGUUUUCGAGAGCGAAGAGGCUCAAUUCAUAGCACAAAGUAUCGGACAAGCAUUCCAAGUAGCGUACAUGGAGUUCCUAAAGGCAAACGGAAUAGAAGACCAUAGUUUUGUUAAGGAAAUGGAUUAUCAGGAGGUGCUCAAUUCGCAAGAGAUAUUCGGCGACGAGUUGCAGAUGUUCGCCAAGAAAGAGAUGCAGAAAGAGGUGGUGGUGCCGAAAGCGAAGGGCGAGAUCCUCGGGGUCGUAAUCGUUGAGUCUGGGUGGGGCUCGAUGCUGCCAACCGUAGUAAUAGCGAAUUUAGCACCGGCCGGUGCCGCCGCUCGUUGCGGACAACUUAACAUUGGCGAUCAGAUAAUAGCAAUUAACGGUGUAUCAUUAGUCGGCUUGCCUUUAUCAACGUGUCAGACUUACAUAAAGAAUUCGAAGAAUCAAACGGUCGUUAAACUGACUGUUGUGCCGUGCGCACCCGUUGUCGAAGUGAAAAUCAAGAGACCUGACACGAAAUAUCAGUUAGGAUUUAGUGUACAGAACGGAGUGAUAUGUAGUCUAUUGAGAGGUGGUAUCGCCGAGCGGGGUGGCGUACGGGUGGGACAUAGAAUAAUUGAAAUCAAUAAUCAGAGUGUUGUUGCUGUACCGCACGAAAAGAUUGUUAAUCUUCUGGCUACGUCAGUGGGAGAGAUUUUGAUGAAAACAAUGCCCACGUCGAUGUUUAGGUUGUUAACCGGCCAGGAGUCUCCGGUGUACAUAUAAAAAAAGCGUUCAGUUGCCUGGCUGAGAUGCGUAGUGAACAGACAAUACAUCCGCCAUCCACUACCAUACUAUCUUGCUACAUUAUAUCUUUAUUGUACAGGUUAUAUUCUAUAUCGCAAAUCGCUUUGUGUUUCGAUUCUUAUGGGGACGAUUCUAUGACAUUCACCAGCUCCUGCUUAGAAAGAGAAAAAAAAAAAAA